CACUGUCGGGAGUGCGUCAUACGUCCGCAGUCAGCCAAACGUGCUGAGUUGGUGAACUGAAGCUGAAUCUCGGACGAACGCACUGAACCCGGGCUUCAGCGGAGCCGUGACAGCCGUCAGCAGACACACGCUCACAAUUGUUUUUAUUAGAUAACCAUAUUUGUCAUCGAACGUAUCAAUAAGGACUCAUUAAAUUUGGAUGAUAGUAGAAGAAAGCUCAUUUUUCACAUAUCAGAUAGUACGUCGUGUUUUGCCAAACAAAUCAUAACCUUAAACAAAUCAUACCUCAAUACAUAGUAAUCACUACUGUCCAAACUAAAAUUCUGUACAUCUACUACUAAAAUUAUCUAUCGCAUUCAUAUCCAUUGAAAAUAUUUUUGUAAUCAUUAAUAUUGACCUCAUAGAAGUCUUACAGUACUGUAGUUAGUUUCGAAAACUCUUUGCAAAAGAACGUACACGCAUUCGUACAUAGUAUCAUUUGCACACAUCCCAGGCUCCAUGGCGAUGAGUUGGGUCGCAUCCAUGCCGCCCCUCACUAUCAGCUGAGUGUCGACAGGUCACCGUCACUGGACCCCAAAAAAACACCACGCUGUCGGAACCCCAGCAACCAGCAGUGCGUGAAGCCAUGUCGUCUGUGCGCUUCACCGUCACGCCCACCAAAGCCGAAGAUCUCCCGGGCGUGUCGGACACGUCUCCAGACAUCAGCUCGCGCUCCAGCGGGAGGGAUCGCUUUGGCUCCAGGGAGAGUGUGAACCGUAGCGAGCCGUACAGCGAAACAUCUGGAGGGAUUGCAACAUCCACAGCGGGCGAUACGCCGGACCGCAGUAACAUGGAGCAUGGUGAUGGUAGUGUGAAGCUGUCUAGUGUGUACAUUAAUAACUCACAUGCACUUGAUGACGAUGAUUUCUAUGACAGGAAUCUGGCCCUGUUUGAGGAAGAGAUGGACACUCGUCCUAAAGUGUCAUCUCUACUCAAUCAUCUGGCGAACUACACAAACCUCACACAGGGUGCUAAAGAACACGAGGAGGCGGAGAGCAUCGGCGAGAAACGCAAAUCUGGCAAGUCUCCUCAGAUGGGCACAUUUAUGGGUGUGUAUCUGCCGUGUCUUCAGAACAUCUUUGGAGUGAUUCUGUUCCUCAGACUCACGUGGGUCGUUGGUACCGCUGGAGUUUUGCAGGCGUUGUGUAUCGUCUUUACAUGCUGCUGCUGUACCAUGUUGACUGCAAUAUCUAUGAGUGCCAUCGCUACUAAUGGAGUCGUGCCAGCGGGUGGGUCGUACUUUAUGAUCUCCCGUUCUCUGGGUCCGGAGUUUGGGGGGGCCGUGGGCUCAUGUUUCUAUUUGGGUACGACCUUUGCUGGGUCCAUGUACAUCCUUGGUGCUAUCGAGAUUUUACUGAUGUACAUCGCUCCGGGGGCCGCCAUCUUUGUUUCUGAUAAUCCAGAUGGCAAGGCGGCGGCCUUGUUGAAUAACAUGCGUGUUUACGGCUCGAUCUUCUUACUGCUGAUGUCUCUGCUGGUGUUUGUGGGAGUUAAAUAUGUCAACAAGCUAGCGUCUGUUUUUCUGGCCUGUGUGAUUAUUUCCAUUCUCUCGAUCUACACCGGAGCGCUAGUGUCCGCCUUCAGCCCACCCUCUUUCCCUGUUUGCAUGUUGGGAAACCGAAGUAUCUCGCAGCAUAAGCUUAACGACACGCAGUGCACUAAAACCGUCCUGGUGUUUGGUGAUCCAGUGACACAAAAGGCCAUUAACGACACUGCCGCUGAGAGUUUCAACACCACAGAGGCUCCGCCCGUUACGCCUGACAUGGUGGAGAAGACGACGGAGCUGUGGCAGCGGUUCUGUAACAGCUCAGAGUUGAACGCCAUUUGCGAUGAAUAUUUCAUCCAUAAUAACGUCACACAGAUACAGGGAAUACCUGGACUCGCUAGUGGUGUGAUCGCAGAGAACAUCUGGAGUUCUUAUUCUAGUAAAGGAGAUGUUUUGGAGCACGGCUCUGAUGCCUCCACACACAGGCCGACCGUGUCCAAUCACUAUCCAUAUGUAUUUGCUGACAUCACCACUUCCUUCACACUAUUGGUUGGAAUUUUCUUUCCCUCUGUCACUGGAAUCAUGGCCGGCUCAAACAGGUCUGGAGAUCUGAAGGAUGCUCAGCGAUCGAUUCCCAUCGGAACGAUUCUCGCCAUCCUCACCACGUCCCUCGUCUACCUUAGCUGUGUGGUGCUGUUUGGAGCCUGUGUGGAUGGCGUUGUGCUUCGGGACAAAUUUGGAGACUCUGUGAAAGGAAAUCUUGUUGUGGGCACUCUGUCAUGGCCCUCACCUUGGGUGAUUGUGAUUGGCUCCUUCUUCUCGACAUGUGGAGCUGGCCUCCAGUCACUGACAGGAGCUCCUCGUCUGCUGCAGGCCAUCGCUAAAGACAACAUAAUUCCUUUCCUGAGGGUGUUUGGUCAUGGUAAGGCGAAUGGAGAACCUACCUGGGCUCUGUUACUCACUGCUGUCCUCGCCGAACUGGGUAUCCUCAUUGCUUCGCUGGACCUGGUCGCUCCAAUACUCUCAAUGUUUUUCUUGAUGUGUUACCUGUUUGUGAAUUUGGCGUGCGCUCUACAGACACUGCUCAGAACGCCAAACUGGAGACCUCGAUUUUCAUACUAUCACUGGACAUUGUCGUUUCUUGGCAUGACGAUAUGUCUGGCUCUGAUGUUCAUAUCCUCGUGGUACUACGCUAUCGUUGCCAUGGUGAUCGCUGGACUGAUAUACAAGUACAUCGAGUACCACGGAGCAGAGAAAGAGUGGGGUGAUGGGAUCAGGGGUUUGUCUCUCAGUGCGGCUCGAUUUGCUCUGCUCAGAUUGGAAGAAGGACCACCACAUACCAAAAACUGGAGGCCUCAGCUCCUAGUCUUGCUGAAAUUGGAUGAAGACGCGCAUGUUAAAUCUCCACGUUUGUUGACAUUUGCGUCUCAGCUGAAAGCAGGGAAAGGUUUAACUAUAGUGGGAACCGUUAUAUCGGGAAACUUCCUGCAGAGUUACGGUGAAGCUCUCGCUGCGGAGCAGACUCUGAAGCAUCUGAUGGAUAAAGAGCGUGUGAAGGGUUUUGUUCAAUGUAUCGUGGCACAGAAGCCGCGUGAAGGCAUCAGUCACAUGAUCCAGUCGAGCGGUCUGGGCGGCAUGAAACACAACACCAUCGUCAUGGGCUGGCCGCAUGCCUGGAGACAGAGUGAAGACCCUCAGAGCUGGAAAACCUUCAUCAAUACAGUUCGGGUCACCACAACAGCUCAUUUGGCUCUAAUGGUGCCGAAAAACAUCUCUCUGUUUCCAAGCAACAGCGAGCCAUGUACGGAGGGAUACAUCGACGUGUGGUGGAUUGUUCAUGAUGGUGGAAUGCUAAUGCUGCUGCCCUUCCUGCUCAAACAACACAAGGUAUGGCGUAAGUGUGGCAUGCGGAUCUUUACUGUGGCUCAAAUGGAGGACAACUCAAUUCAGAUGAAGAAGGAUCUGGCGACAUUUCUUUAUCACCUGCGUAUAGAUGCUGAGGUGGAGGUCGUUGAAAUGCAUGACAGUGAUAUCAGUGCAUACACAUAUGAGAGGACGCUAAUGAUGGAGCAGAGAUCUCAAAUGCUUCGACAGAUGCGUCUGUCCAAGUCUGACCGAGAGAGAGAGCGAGUUCGCUGGAGUUUUGACGAUGCGCAGCUUGUUAAAGACAGGAACUCCAUGUUGCGUCUGACAAGCAUCGGAUCGGACGAUGAUGAUGAAACUGAUGGGAUGUCCGCAGCCGAGAAGAGUGCAGAAAACCGACGCGUUCACAUGACCUGGACAAAAGACAAAGCGCUGAAGCUCCUAUCAAACACGCAAACAAACACAGCAUCCUGCUGCAGCACGCCAGAAGGGUUCAGAGACAUGCUCAACAUUCGCCCAGAUCAUUCCAAUGUGCGUCGAAUGCACACUGCUGUCAAACUCAAUGAGGUUAUUGUUAAUAAAUCACAUGAUGCUCGGCUCGUCCUCCUCAAUAUGCCAGGACCACCCAAGAACCCAGACGGAGAUGAGAACUAUAUGGAAUUUCUGGAAGUUCUCACUGAGGGUCUGGAGCGAGUCCUGUUAGUGAGGGGAGGAGGAAGUGAGGUCAUCACCAUUUACUCCUGAUAGCCAAUGAGAAGUGAGCUUGUCGCCUGGCAUCUUCUGACAUGGACGAGUACAACGGAAGAGUGGCCAAUCGAAUAUAUUAUGUUUUUAUGAUUAUCAUCGGCUGUGUUUACAAGAAACUCCCAGUCAACGCACCUACACUGUACGACUUUGAUUUUAGUUUGCAAAAAUGUACCAUUAUGACCAAAAACAGUGUUUGAUUUGAAAUAUUUGGCAAUAUGUUUGUGUGUGAGUGUUUGUGCACAUCAUGAAAAUAGACAUGCAACUCUUUCAGGACCGUCCUGGUAAAUGUGCAUGUGAUAAACUGGACCAAUCAGUAUGAAACAGCAUACACGCAAUCAUACGGAUCACACCGCGGGACGAGGAGUGUGUCCACAGACUGACUCAGGGCUAAAGUGUGUUGUUUUCAAAUGGAUGUGUUUGUUCUGUUUAAGGUUGAACAGCAUGUGAAUGGAAUAGUUCAGUCCAAAAAUGGAGUGAACUAUCCCUUUAUUUUACAUUGCUGGCGUAUGUUUGUGAUCCUGCUUGUUCCACAGAUGUUCUGCAUGGAGAAGUUGAAUGCAAGACAUGUUUUAAUAAAUGGGCCUGACAACAUUGUAGCAAUAUAUUCAGCAGCCGAGUCACAUUCAGCCUGUUUAAGACUAAUAAUUCAAGCAUUCAUUGUCCGUCCUGUGAAAUAUGGAUGUUUAAAUGUACAUACACAUUUAUCAAUUUUCUUUUCUACUUUGCAAUACUGAAGCGUCCUGUCGGCCUCCCUUUACUCCUAAAAUGAUUGUAUUUCCCGGCCCUGCUUUAUAUGUAGUGGAGGGUUAAAACAAGUUUGUUUUUUGUUUUAUCACUGAUUGCGUCUAUCUUUAUGUGCAGGCAUUGUUUGUUUUUGUCAGUUUUAUUUUUUGCUCAUCAUUUUCUGUUUUUAUCACAUUAUUAAAUAAAAACAAAUGACCUUAA